AUGCUUGGUGCACUAGAUGGAGAUUCCGAUGCGCUGGGUGACGCCGGCGGGUGCUCGCUUGGGCUAUUGGUUGGAGUCCCCGGUGUCACUGUUGGUACUUUGGAUGGAUCCGCUGAUGGUCUUGUCGAGGGUUGCAUAGAUGCAUUGGAAGGACCUGUUGAGGGGGCAACAGAGGGUAGCAUACUUGGUGCACUAGACGGAGAUUCUGACAGUUGCAUGCUUGGUGCAGUAGAUGGAGAUUCUGAUGCACUAGGUGAUGCAGAUGGGUGCUCGCUUGGGCUCUUGGUAGUGCUGCCCGGCGUGACAGACGGUGCUUGGGAUGGAAUUUGUGAUGGUGUUGUCGAGGGCUCUAUGGACGGGCCAUUGGAGGGAUUCAAUGAGGGAAGUGUGCUUGGUACUCUAGAUGGAGAUUCCAAAGCACUAGGUGAUGCAGAUGGGUGCUCGCUUGGGCUCUUGGUAGGGCUGCCGGGUGUGACAGAGGGUGCUUGGGAUGGAAUUUGUGAUGGUGUUGUCGAGGGCUCUAUGGACGGGCCAUUGGAGGGAUUCAAUGAGGGAAGUGUGUUUGGUACUCUAGAUGGAGACUCUGAAGCACUAGGUGAUGCAGAUGGGUGCUCGCUUGGGCUCUUGGUAGGGCUGCCGGGUGUGACAGAGGGUGGUUGGGAUGGAAUUUGUGAUGGUGUUGUCGAGGGCUCUAUGGACGGGCCAUUGGAGGGAUUCAAUGAGGGAAGUGUGUUUGGUACUCUAGAUGGAGACUCUGAAGCACUAGGUGAUGCAGAUGGGUGCUCGCUUGGGCUCUUGGUAGGGCUGCCGGGUGUGACAGACGGUGCUUGGGAUGGAAUUUGUGAUGGUGUUGUCGAGGGCUCUAUGGACGGGCCAUUGGAGGGAUUCAAUGAGGGAAGUGUGCUUGGUACUCUAGAUGGAGAUUCUGAAGCACUAGGUGAUGCAGAUGGGUGCUCGCUUGGGCUCUUGGUAGGGCUGCCGGGUGUGACAGACGGUGUUGGGAUGGAAUUUGUGAUGGUGUUGUCGAGGGCUCUAUGGACGGGCCAUUGGAGGGAUUCAAUGAGGGAAGUGUGCUUGGUACUCUAG